AGGAUAUUAGUGCGGCGGCGGGACUCGAACCGCGGACCUUGUGAUCUACAGUCCGGCGACGUAUCCACUCGACCAGUCAUUAUGGUUGGCAAGACGAAGCUACCACUCCUGAGCUUGCUUAUCCUUCCCAAUAUGGCAUUCUAGGGGUUAAUCUAAAGAGAAUGAGAAUGAGAAUGAUAUCAUGUGUGUGUGAAUAUAUAGACGCAUUGUACUUUAACAAUACAAUACCUAUUUAAGCAAAUAUUAUUUUUGAAUUGCAUGAAACGUUACUAUUUUGCAUAUCAUUCAUUUCCAACUGCGGUUUUAACUAUGUUAAGUGGAUGUUAUAAAUUACCGAUAAUGGCAUUUUCUCUUUACCUCCCAUUUAUAUGCACUGUAUUAAAAAGACGCAAAAGGUAAAGAAACAGUAUGAAUUGUCCAUUAUCUCAUGUACACAGUGCGUAUUAAAACAAUUAAUGCAAUUUAACUUAGGCUUUGACACAAGCUUGUCUCAAUCCACAUGAUAAACCUUAACUAUUUUAGACAGCCUACUAACUUCUUGUCUCAUGGUAUCUAAGUUCUGUCUGCUCAUUCGUCCACUGCGCCAUUUCAUACGCUUUAGAAGCAUAAUGUGUUCAUCUCAAAUAUCGAAUAAAGACUCAGUAGUUACUAAACCCAAUUGCAAGAAGAACACGUGAUGAACAUGUGAUGACAAAUAUAAAAAAAAAUUGACAGCGGAAUUUCAUAAAAAAGAAAACAUCAAAAAUAAAAUUUAUCCAUUUUUGUAUCACUCAAGGAUAAGGUUACAUUAAACAAGGGAAGCGAAUGAAGUCAGGAUUGUAAUCAUAACAAAGAGAAUAUCAUAAAUCGUGCCUGUACUAAGUAUUUCUUGAGUUUGAGUCGAUAUUAACCCCUUUUGCCAACUGCCUAAUACUAUAGUCAAUGAAAUAAAGGAGCCAAUUGUUUUUUAAUGAGAUAACACACACACACACAUAAUAGAUUUUGACCCACGUUCAUUGCUUCAGCCCAAAUUUGGUACAAGAACAUUUUUCAAUACUUUUAAAAAAGUCAUCCUUGGCAGGACAAUUAUGAAAAUGGUAUCAUUAGACAGGUUAUUAGUCCAUUUUUACAUUGAAAUGUAAUUUAAGGUACCAGACGUUAUAACUCAUCAAUCAGAGGCUACACAGAAAUGAGUAUACUUUUCUUCUUUACGCACUGUUCAUUAAGUAAACACAGACAUAGGUUAUACAAGCAAGCAUUAACUUCAAAUAUUAAUAGUUUACCUCUUUUAUCUCUUAUUCGUAUCGCCUCAUUCUCAACAUUGAACUUUCGAAAACAUUAUGAAUUGCAACUUAGCCACCCGAAAUGCUAAUACGUAUGUGAGAAAAUCAACUUCUGUUUCCAUCCUCGGGCUGAUAAGUCGGAACGGGGUAAAUGUUAUCUGCUUCUGAAUGUCAACAAAAACGUUUGCAAUCUAUGAUGGGCAUAAUCAUAAAGUAAUAUAAGUGUUUGCGUCAUAGCUUUUUUUUUAUUUCUCGAUUUGAAAGGCAAUUUAAUGCCAUAAUUAGUUCCUCCUUUCUUCAUUCAGCCAUUUUCUUCGGAAGCAGAAGGUGUUCAAGACGAUCAGCAGUAAAAUAUACUAUACCGAAAACAAAAAAAAUUCUCCAAGCAACUUGGCAUUUGCCGCAUAGUCGUUAUUAAACAGUCAGGUUUAUAAUCUCAUACCCAUUCCGGGGUCCUGUUUUAAGGAUGGCAAAUCUGAAAGAAUUCGUGUUAUCCUUUCUUUUUUGUCUUCUUUUACAAUGUGCUCCAUCUCUACAAGAUUGCUCGCGUCCCAAUCCCGGUUCGAACGUCAUAAUAGACCCGGAUCAAGCGAAUUACACACCUUGGACGUACGCACAGUUCUCAUGUCCUACCGGUUAUUUAGCUUCAAAUGGUGCGACCUAUUCUUACUGUUACUCGGGAUCACCCGACUACUGGUCCCCUGCGAUGUCGCAGGUUAUAUCCUGCACGAUAGAUACAAGUGUGACUACGCCUGAGACGGGUAACAUGACAGCGGAAUCGAUGGUAUUUGUAGCUGACAAUUCAAGAGGGGCAAUAUACAUGGCCGACUUUUCCAGCGACAGUCUCGACUCUUUAAACUUCGAUGCUCUGCCCUUCGGUUCCGUCUCUCAACCGAUAGGCGUCGAUUACGAUCCCGAUACUCGCAUGGUGUACUGGACCGAAACGUCAGGAUCCAUACGACGCGCGAAUAUCGAUGGCACUAUGCAAAGCGUGAUCGUCAAUAGCAGUAUUGUCGGCAGGUCAGAAAACCUAGCGUUGGAUACCAGUCGUGGUAAAGUCUUUUGGACCGAUGAAACCCUAGACCGAAUCAUGUCGGCUAAUCUUGACGGAUCCUCUCAGCAAAUUCUCAUCAAUACCGACUUAGAGAGUCCACGCGCAAUCAUCGUACACCAAGUAGAAGGAGUGAUGAUUUGGACGGACUGGAGUGCCCCAAGUCGAAUCGAGAGAGCAAAUCUAGAUGGCGGGGACAGAUACGUCAUUGUCAACUCUAGCAUCAUAUAUCCCAAUGGGUUGGCAUUAAACGCUGACGGUACACGGGUCUACUGGUGCGACGCUGGAACCGAUAAAAUCGAGUCCGUCGACCUCUGGGGCAACGACAGAAUGGUUCACCUGGCGACAUCGUCGAUUCAUCCUUACGACCUAGCAGUCGUCGACGACACUAUAAUAUGGACGGAUUGGAUUUAUGAUGCAAUUGGUGUAACUUCAACCAGCAAUGGCAGCGGUUACAGUUUCUACUACCACAGCACUUUCCAAAAUCCACAUGGCAUACAUGUGUAUCAAGAAGAAAUGCCAACAACGACGGAAGUUUACAACCCUACUACUUACCAAUCUGAACCGGAACCAACUACUCAAGAUAACUUGACACCUCAACCAACUUGGUGGUGGUGGAAUACCGAUCAACCAACUACUGAAGAUAACAGAACCCCUCAACCAACUCGGUGGUGGUGGAAUACUGAUCAACCAACUACUGAAGAUAACAGGACACCUCAACCAACUCGGUGGUGGUGGAAUACUGAUCAACCAACUACUGAAGAUAACGGGACACCUCGACCAACUUGGUGGUGGUGGAGUACUCAUCAACCAACGCCCGAUGGCCCUGAUCCUACAACAGGGUGGUGGGACACAACAGGAGAAAUGCCUUAUGCAGGUGAAGAGAAUGUGACUCUCGUUGUUGGGGUAACCCAGACCAUCUCGUCUCCAAACUAUCCUUCAUAUUACACUAACAACGUCCGCUAUAAUUGGUACAUCACGGCUCCUUCAGAUUAUGAAGUUCUUGUUCAGUUUCUGGAUUUCGACCUUGAAAACUAUUGGGAUUUUCUUACCAUCGGGAUUGGAGAAUCGCCAUCGUCUCCUGGAAGUGUUCAGCUGGCUCAGCUGUCAGGUUCUUCCCUUCCACCAGAUAUGAGAUUAGACGCCUCUAAAAGUUGGAUGCUGUUCACCACUGAUUCUUCAGUCACUAAAAGAGGAUUUCAGCUCCAACUGAGUCUUUUCAAUUCAACUACAGAACCAGUCACUGAUGAUCCCUGGGUGCCUCCAACAACAUUGUGGUGGAAUACUGAUCAACCAACUACUGAAGAUAACACGACACCUCCAUCAACUCGGUGGUGGUGGAAUACUGAUCAACCAACUACUGAAGAUAACAGGACACCUCAACCAACUUGGUGGUGGUGGAGUACUCAUCAACCAACCCCCGAUGGCCCUGAUCCUACAACGGCGGGAUGGUGGGACACAACAAGAGACCUACCUGUUACAGGAGGUGACUUCUGCCAAGGGUGCUGUAACUGUGGCAACAUGGGAGGGUGCUAUUGCGAUUCUGCCUGCCAGCAACUUGGUGACUGUUGUCAUGACUAUGUUCAAUUCUGCGGUAAUGCAUCAACGACUCCAGAUUACAAUACGCAUCAACCAACUACUGAAGAUAACAGGACACCUCGACCAACUUGGUGGUGGAGUACUAUUCAACCAACCCCCGAUGUCCCUGAUCCUACAACAACGGGGUGGUGGGACUCAACAACGGGGUGGUGGGACAUGCCUUUUGUAGGAGAAGAAAAUGUGACUCUCGUUGUUGGGAUUACCCAGACCAUGUCGUCUCCAAACUAUCCUUCAAAUUACCCGAACAACGUGCGCUAUCAUUGGUAUAUCACGGCUCCUUCAGGCUACGAUGUUCUUGUUCAGUUUAUGGCUUUCGAACUUGAAAGUGAUUAUGAUUAUCUUAGAAUCGGGAUUGGAGAAUCGCCAUUGUCUCCUGGAAGUGUUCAGCUGGCUAAGCUGUCAGGUUCUUCCCUUCCACCAGAUAUGAGAUUAGACGCCUCUAAAAGUUGGAUGCUGUUCACCACUGAUUCUUCAGUCACUGAAAGAGGAUUUCAGCUCCAACUGAGUCUUUCCAAUUCAAAUACAGAUUACACAACUAGCCUGAUGCCAACUGAAGCACCAAGCACUGUUCGUCUCGUGAAUGGUAAUGAAGCACACGAAGGAAGGGUAGAGGUAUAUCGUAGCGGAUCUUGGGGAACCGUCUGUGACGACUAUUGGGACAUAAAUGAUGCACGUGUGGUCUGCAGAAGUCUAGGCUAUCAGGAUGCCCUCAGUGCGCCAAUCCAGGCACGCUUCGGCCAGGGUAGUGGUCCUAUUUGGAUGGAUAACGUCAAUUGCUCGGGCAACGAGGUACACAUUUUCGACUGCCCGCAUAACGGUUUCGGCAAUCACAACUGCGUCCAUGGGGAAGAUGCCAGUGUUGUCUGCUUGCCUGAAGAUGCAGACCUGACUUGUGACAGCGUGUCGAUGACGCUCAUUAUGGACAGAACCCUUCUCGAGAUCAGCGACGACGCUCGCGAUGUCCAUUUCGAAGACGAGUCUUGUGUUGGAUACGACCACGACAGUCAGCAUGUUGCGAUCACCACCAUGUACGACAGAUGUGGUACUACGCAAAAGCAAGACGACGACUACAUAAUAUUUACCAACAUGGUAACGUUUUACAAGCCUCGCCCUGAAAAUGGAACUAAUGAGCUCAUUACCAGAGAACACUAUAUUCAUAUCCCUGUUACUUGCUAUCUGGAGAGGACACAAGUCUUGGAAGAGUCCUUCCUGCCUAAAGGUGAUCUUUAUGUUCCCGGAGAGAAAGGAUACGGUGAGUUCUCGCUGAACCUUGACCGGUAUACAAACUCAGGCUUCUACCAACCUGUCAACGAUUCCGGCGAAGUUAUGCUCGGCACACCGCUAUACUUCGGCGUCCGUCUGACGUCCGUCGCGAACCUAACGCUUCUCAUCGAGUCGUGCUGGGCAACGAGCUCGCCGGACCCACGAGACGAUCACCGCUAUGAUAUCAUCGAGAAUGGAUGUGCCGUGGACAGCACAGCAGUCAUCUACAAUUGGGCCUCUUCAACUUUCAAGAGAUUCAGUAUCGAUGCUUUUACCUUCAUUGGCGAUUACGACAAGGUUUACGUCCACUGCUCAAUCCUGAUAUGUGACAACAACGACUCGGGCUCCCGCUGCGCCCAGGGGUGCCUAGCACGAGCUCGUCGUAGUCUGCAGACCACAGGCUCCCGGUCCAAACCACACACCAUCACGAUCGGACCGCUAUCCGAUGCCCAGCGCUCCCAAAGGGCUAUGCUGAUUGAUGCCAUUGAUGACGGACCCGAAUCUCAUAACCCCCUGAUGAUCGUGGCUGUGAGCGCCCUCUGUGUUCUUAUUGCUCUUACUGUCAUCAUGGCGCUGAUGAUGGUGCGCAUGCGUCGUCGUCGACCCGAGCUGACUGGCUAUCGCAGAGUGGGCGUAACCGAGCAGGACUAUUAACGCAUGCAGAGAGAAAGAGAGGAAAAUAAGAAGACGAAGAAAUCGCUUUGAUUGGACUAAAAUUAGUAGUAUAAUUUACGACGUGACAAAGUCCUCUUUGCACGGAAUCAUUUUGAAUAUUCGUUGCUAUCCUCGAACUAGUGUUGAUGAAGACACCUCUGAAAUAGGGAAACCAUUGGAUUCAAGAUAAAUGCUAUGAUUUUAAUUAAUGCAGCCACUUAGUGAUAGAUAUCUUUAAUUGCAAUUUUAGAUGGUGUCAUGUGUUUUGUUUCAUUAGUUUGUUUGCGCAUAAAACUUUUGUAUGAUAGCCAAACCGAAAUAUAGAAUGGUACCUUUAGCUGGUAGUAGAAAGCCUUAAAAUGAAUGCAUAUAAACCUCUACGAGUAUGUCUUCUAUGCUUUCUCGUGUAUUUCUAAAAAGAUCUUCUCAACUUAGUUUUUUAUUUUGUUUUUCUUCUGUCAUUCAAUAUUUGUAAUGUUUAAAGGACAAGUCAACUCCAAAAUAAAUUUACUUUCAAUAGAUGCAGAAAAACAAGUAUCUAAAGUUGCGUGUUGUUCCAUUGUUCAUUUUAAUAAUAACAGAAUCUCUCUAAAUUGUUGCUCUUUAUCAUUGGAGAUGAACUUUUCAUUUGCUGUUUAGUUGUUGGUAUUAGCAAGGCGUAGGGAUACAAAUGUCACAAAUGGUUUGUUCUUGUUUUGUUUUGCUUCUUUUAAGUAAAGCUCGAUCGCAAAGACUUUCGAGAUCACGUUCAGAUUUAGUAAUAAUGUCAUUGGGAUGUUCGCACACUCUAAGGUGACGCUCAGGGCUAUUGAAAUCGCUCUAGGUUGAUUUCUCGAAAGUCCUUGAGCUCAUGUUGCAUGUAGAUCUUUCAGAUAUAUUGAAAUCGAAAAUAAAAUGAACAUUUUAUGAUACAUGUAAUGUAUUUUGAGAUUAUCAAUGAACAAAGAUGUCUUUCAUUCACCUAGUGAUCUAGUUUCUUAAACAUACUCUCAUCAUAACACUGGUUUUAACUUCAUUAUCAUUUUUAGUUAACAUCGAAAUAUACUUGUCGAAAAACCUUAAAUUUUAUUACUGUGCCUCCAGAAGCAGAGGUGGCAAUUUUAGCAUUAUAUUUUCGGCUAUCGAUCUGUUCAUCAUCUGUUAUUAUCUCCACACUUUUUCUUCGGCCGGUAUUUUUCAAUGUGACCUAACUUUUAGCCAUGAUUAUACAUUUAUCUACAGGAGUUGAACACGUACCUUAAUUUUUAGAUUGGCGAUCUCUUCAUCCCGUACUAUCGUUCAACCUGCAGUACGAUUGACGUAAAAAUAGCUAUCGUGCAAUAAUUCAUCAUUUAUAUCUAAGCCUAAAUGCAUGUAUUCGCUUUGUCAGACAUUAGAUAAUGUAUACGGAACGGAGAACUUUAUUAUCUGUGCUCCCUUCAUCAGGGGACAUCCAUUCUUUUACGAGUCAUAUUAGCGAUCGAUUCGUUAAGAGUUGAAUCCACUCCGAAUUAUAGAGGAAUCCACUCGAAUGUAAUGGUUUGGAGUAAUCCGUUGAGAGUCAUGUCAACUACUCUGGUUGGGGAUUUCAACUCUUGUAUCGAGAGAGUUAGUUAAGUCAUGAUUGAUUUAGUCCCCUUUCAAAAACGAAACCUUCAUGUUGAGAGUUUUUUUCUUCGUUCGGGUGGCUCAAUUUUCUGAUAUUAAUUCACUUAUUGCAUAUAAUUCUUUUAAUAUAUAGUGCAUAUUGCAUAAAUAAAUGUGCGUAUUACUUUACAUUCCUUACCUGAUUUCUAAGCAUCAUAUUUACUUUAAACUAUUACUACUGCUAGCCAAGUAUAACACAAACCUUUUCCACCUUACUUCAAUUUUUCCUCUCAAAAUAUGUAACCAGGUGCAGUUAUUUGCAAAUUAAAUAAUGAACCGCA